GAUUAGCGGUGAGCGAAGGAGGAAAAGUAAAGUAAAAUAUCAAUAGCUGGUGUUCUCUCUCUAUAUAUUUUUAGUAGGAUUCGUAGUAGUAUAUCAUUAGCCCCAAUCAAUUAGAAAGGGAAUUCUGAGCCGAAGUAUCCAAUCCCGACUUCAGAAUGAGUGAAUCGUCUAAGAAAUUUUCGCUAUUUGCGCGCCGUGAGAGCGACAACGAUGGCUCCGAGUUAUCUAGUACUCCGAGUAUAGAUUCUACCAAAUCUGAACACGCCCGUGUGUCUACGCACGCCACCAGCAUCGGGUACUCUCGAGGGUCAGACGCCUUUUUGAAGUAUCGCCGCACUUUUUUGUCUUCAUUUUUUGGAUCGAAUGAACCGGAACCGUAUUUUGAUGUCCAGAAGGAGGUGCAUCCUUGCAAGAUCUUCUCGAAGGAGGUGCACCAAUGCCUAAACACAAAUGCGAACAAUUACCUCUUCUGCCAAUCUCGUGUUGCGGCUUUUCAGAGGUGUAUGGACGAGUAUAGAAUUUAAACUAACAGUGAUUAGUAUUUUAUAGUGGUUUUCGAUUUCAUCUCACUUCUUCUAUUCAAUUUAUGCCUAUGCACGAGUUUGUAGCGUGAAAUAUGAGUCAACCGCCCAAUUAGUGUUUGCUAAAAGGAAAUAUUAUAGAAUGCACUUAGUAUUUCUGGUGUCAUUGUUUCCUGUAUUUUUUAUCACCUUAGCCUUUUAAUGGUUAUUUAUUUCCUUCUUUUGUUCUGAUUUGGUUCGUUUUAUAAUGUGUAACCUUUUUUUGUAUUCCGAGGACGGGUAGUUGGAUAUAUUCCUUGUACGCUUUUGUCGUGGCUAAGGUAGGGGUCGAACUAGUGCCAAACCUAAAAGCACAGGAGAGACCCAUUUGUCUGUUUUUCUGAAUUUUUUUAAAAAAUUAUUGUCGUGCACAUACUUAUUCAUAUUCUACAUCUGACUUCUUCCCCCCCCACGGUUUGACAACCUUGCUGGGUUACCAUCCAAA